GUUACCAAUGCAAACCCAAUCCAUUUGGUUCACAGAAUCUGCCACAACAGAUAUAUUACCAUUGGCACUUGGCCUCCACUCUCCACUACUCUUCAAAUCCAACCUAAACAUUUCUAGGCUGUGUUAUGGCUUCCCUCAUCAUGUCAUUUGCUCCAGCAACAGGAAGUGUGUUUGCAGCAACAGCUGCAAAGGGUGGUGGUAGCAAGGAGGAGAAAGGGUUGCUGGAUUGGAUUAUUGGGGGUCUUCAGAAGGAAGAUCAGCUUCUAGAGACUGAUCCUAUCCUCAAGAAAGUGGAGGGGAAAAGUGGAGGCACCACCAGUGGAGGCAAGAACUCUGUUGCUGUGCCUCAAAAGAAGAAGGGUGGUGGUUUUGGAGGCUUCUUUGCCAAGAAUUGAAUCAAUUUCCAUGCAGGUUCAAAUCAAAUGCAUUGUAUCCCUGUCCAUUUAGCUUUUGAUGAAUCUAAUGACCAUUAUGGAGUUUUAAAUUGUGUUUUGCUCUUCUGGUUUAUUGAAAUUUAUAUUGAACAAAUUGCUACUUAUCAACUAGGUACAAAUACAAUAUGCAUGACAAUUUAAAUGCUCUGGCUUGUAUGGCGAUUUUGGCCCUCAUUUUUCUGUCUUUGAAAUUCAUUGUAAAGAACCUUAUUAACAACAUGUUUGGAUCAGUUUCUUUUUCUUUAGAAUUGAUUUUGACUUCAGAAUA